AUGAAGGUGGUCGUCGAAGAAUAUAACCCGGAAUGGGCACUUCAAUUCCAAACAAUCAAGCAAGAACUAGAGGAAGUUCUCAAAGGAGUUAAGUAUAUCACGAUCGAACAUGUCGGCAGUACUUCUGUUCCAGGAUUGGCGUCAAAACCAGUGAUUGAUCUUUCGGUGAUCAGCGAGCGAGAGGACGUCGAUGCCGCCAUUGAAGCAUUGACAAAGAACGGAGGAUAUGCGUAUAUGGGUGAAAUGGGUAUUCCAGAUCGUCAUGCCCUUCGAAAACCUGGCGCUCUGCCUUUGAGAAAUUUGUACGUCUCUGUUGUUGGAUGUCAAUCCAUCAGAAAUCAGCUCGGGGUGCGGGAUAUCUGCAGGCGAGACUCAGAAGUCAGAGAGGCGUACGGAAAGACCAAACUGAAACUCUCCCACCGAGAAUGGACGGACGUCAACGAAUAUUGCGAAGCCAAAAAUGACAUUAUUGCUUGGGUGUUGGAGAAGGCCGGAAUGAGCAACGAAGAACGAGAUCAAAUCAGGAAGUUGAACACAAUGAUAUAG